AUGCAAGAGGUCAUUGCAGGGCUGGGGCGGUUCACCUUCACCUUUGAGAAGGAUGUAGAGAUGCAAAAGGGAACCGGACUCCUGCCUUUCCAGGGCAUGGACAAGUCGAGCUCAGCCGUAUGCAAUUUCUUCGCUAAAGGGCUCUGUGAGAAAGGGAAGCUCUGCCCGUUCCGGCAUGACCGAGGGGAUAAGAUGGUGGUGUGUAAGCACUGGCUCCGGGGGCUGUGCAAGAAGGGCGACCAGUGCAAGUUCCUGCACCAGUAUGAUGCCACCAGGAUGCCUGAGUGCUACUUCUUCUCCAAGUUUGGUGAUUGCAACAACAAGGAAUGUCCCUUUCUCCACGUGAAGCCAGCUUUCAAGACCCGGGACUGUCCUUGGUACGACCAAGGUUUCUGCAAGGACGGGCCCCUGUGUAAAUACCGCCAUGUCCGCAGGACGCUGUGUAUUAACUACUUAGCUGGCUUCUGUCCCGAGGGACCCAAGUGCCAAUUUGCACACUCAUCAACUGGCCAUGGGGCUCAGCACCUUCUGCAGCUGCCUGGGGACCUUGGAGGCCCCCUCUUCCGAUGGAACGCCUGUGUCUCCAGCCGCAGAUGA